GGUGAUGUAAAGAAAAAACAAGCAGACUGUUUAGUCGGUUUGGCCUUGGGCAUCUUAAACUCAAUGGCGAAUUGGCGAUUCAUUAGUUUCAGCCAGCUGAUUUAUCAGUCGUUAAAUAUUUUUUGGUGAGCUCACAAGUGUACUGCACGUGGCCAGUGUCGAAAACGGUACAAAAUGGCGUCGCGUGAAUUGUUUGAAUGUUCUGUUUGCCGAGCUUUAUUUCGAGCCAAGCCUGAACUGACAGCACAUUUGAAAUCAAGUCCCGUCUGCAAAACAGUUCCAAAAAAGCGUGACCCAUAUGCUUUUACAUGUGAAUCUUUUACCAGUCAUUCGAUCCCGAGUGCAAUCUACUCGAAAACUGUGCCCGACACAGUCGUCAGCAGUUCGCGUAGCUCCUCAUCAACUUCCAAAACAUCUUCAGUAGCUGAUGGAACUCUUCUAGCAGCCAUGGAAGCAGGGAUGAAGAAGAUUGUCGUAAAGCCCAAAAGAAAGAGUGGUCUUGAAACAUCCAUUCUCUCAACGAUUGCAGAUGGCGACGAAGAAUUGAUUACUGCCUACACUAGCCUCCCUUUGGAUCCCGUCACCGGUGAAAGGCGUCUAAACGAAGCCAUUGUCGGCGCCGUGACAUUAAAAUCGAAAAUCAACGUGGCUCAUGUGGCCGCUGUUUUAACACGAGCCCAUAAGGUGACUAUUUGUUUCCUUCUCGACACGACUGGAAGUAUGGCGAACUAUAUUUCGGGAGUCAAAGAACAAAUUGUGGAAAUUGUGGACCGGAUAGAAAAAAGUGGCUGUGUCAUCGAAGGACUUGCAUUCGUUGGCUACAAAGAUUGGUGUGAUGGAGAAAACCACUUUGAAGUGUUGCCAUUCACAAAGUCGAUUGCCGAAUUCAAGGCCUUUGUGGUGAAAAUUCGAGCUACUGGUGGAGGAGAUGCUCCAGAAGAUGUUCUUGGUGGAUUAAACAAAGCCAUUUCUCUCUCUUGGCCAGAGCGGAGUGGAACGAGGAUCAUUUUUCAUCUUGGCGAUGCCCCUCCACACGGGAAGAACGUCUAUCACGACGGCAGUCAAUCCGACAGUUACGAAAAUGGCCAUCCACGUGAUCGACCACUGGUGGAAUUGUUCAGGGAAAUGCUACACAAGGAAUUGUUGUACUAUUUCGGCCGCAUCAAUAAUGAAUGUGAUAAGAUGAUUUGUGUGUUCGAGAAACACUACGGCAAAAAGAUUGACCCAAUGGACAGUUCAAAAGUCGGAACCAUCUGCACGGCCGUGACCGAAAGCGUUUCAAGAUCUAUUUCUGUAACUUACCGGGCCAAAACCUCUUCAGCCCUUGGCACCACCAAGGAUCUGAGGAAAUACACACUGGAUAGAAUUGAACCGGAUUGGUGUCUGCUCCCGCGGUACGAUGGAACUAUUUUGACAUUCGACUUGCCAAAUUCGAUCAAGGACAUCACUUCUUUCGCCAAGUUGGAGGAUUCCAUCAAGAAAUGUCGUCUCCAGAUAGCUGUCAAUCCAUUCGCCAAAGGCUCCGUCCGUUUGGCCUACUACGGCAGGAUCUUUUACGUGACGAAAGAUGAUCCUGUCUCUCCAACUGCCGAAAUUGUCGACGACGUUGUCUUCAAAGAAAUGAUCGCCCUGCCGAAAGUCGUCGAUUUCGAUCGCCAACGUUACAUGACCGAUCUCGAAGUCCAGACGGUGGCCGCCAAACUGGCGUUUGAAUUCAACGGGAUGCUCUUCAGGACGUCGUUGACUCCCAUCGUCAAGCUCAAAUUUCUGAUGGCCAAAGUUGUGCGGAUCUUCAUGGCCGGCGACAGCUCCCCGCGUUUUCUGGUUUACGAGAAACGAUUCCGUGGAGACAGUCCCAAUUUGAUCAAGUACACCAACAAUUUGAAUUACGUGCUCAAUCCUGAAGGAUUGGACGACAAUGGACGUCGGAGACUCGAACUGGCCGUCGCCUUUUCUCACUUCACCCACGACGUUACCGACGGCUACCUGCUUGUUUGCGAUCUUCAAGGUGUUUGCGUCAUCGAUUUGAAAGGCAAGGAAACUCUGCUGCUCACCGAUCCUGCCAUUCAUUGCGCCAAGCACCUCCGCUUCGGCAAAACCAAUCUCGGCAAUUUAGGGAUGGAAAAGUUCUUCAAAAAACACGAGUGUAACAAAUACUGCCAAGCUUUGGGAUUGCGGAUGCCGAGCGAAUGACUCGGUUGAGAAAUGUCUUCCUUAUCUCACUCCUGCCUUAUUUAUUCCUGUCGACUUUUGUUGUCCAGCUUUGAUGGGCUUUUUGUUUGAUUUUCGGUGGUUUGAACAAGUUGGUUUGCCAUUCGAAAAAGACCUUUAACUUAGAAAUGUCGAUUUUCCAAUGCGUCAAACGUAAUUCAGUUAUUUCAUUAUUGGUUGUCCUUUGUUUCUUUUGUUGUGGGGUUUUCUAUAUUUUGUUUUCCAUGUGCAUAACUCUUAUUUCUCAGUAUUCUAAUGGUAACCGUCGGUAUAACUGUGAACUAGAUUCGUGAUUGCACAAUAUCGUUUGCCAACUUGGGACCCUGCAAUGUUUCAACGAAAGAGCUCAGGUAUAAUUCAGAUUCCAAUAUAAUUUCAUUGGUUAAAAGUU